UGCCUUUGGGGAAUGCAAUAUAUACCAAAUUAUAAUGCCAGAAACUGUGGCUACUCCAAUCUGUCGCUCCUUUCUGCUUCCAUCUCCUGAAUAAACGGGUUUUGAAGCAUAAUAACAGACAAGAUGUCAGAGAAAAAGAUGUCUUCAAGUCGCAAGCAUCAACUUAAGAGUUUGAUGCUGUCCAUCGCCAAAGGUUUACUGGAGGAGGAGGAGAGGGAGCGAGAGGUAGAGAGGACUAGGUACAUGGAUGAGAACUGUCCUUCUCUGUCUAUGCCCAGGAGCAUGCAGGAACUGCAGGAGCUGUGCAGGGAAAUCCACCACAAAAUCGACGUGAUCGACGAGGAACGAUACGACUUGGAGAUGAAAGUCAUCAAAACAAACAAGGAGAUUGAUGACCUGAAAAUUAAAGUUCAGGACCUGAUGGGAAAGUUCAAGAAGCCUGUCCUGAGGAAAGUACGCAUGUCCGCUGACGCCAUGCUCAAAGCUCUGCUGGGCUCCAAACACACAGUCAACCUGGACCUGAGGGCCAACCUGAAGCAGGUCAAGAAGGAGGUGAAAGAGGAGGAACUGCGAGAUGUUGGUGACUGGCGCAAAAACAUUGAAGACAAAUCCGGCAUGGAUGGGAGGAAGAAGAUGUUUGAGGCUGAGGCUUAAGAAUCAGUGCCUACUGUGCUUGGUUCAUUUUGUCAUAGUUUGGACUGGUUUCGUCUCCUGCUUAGACAGCACACAUUCAUUUUUUUAGCCACCAUCAAAGCUGUAGAGACUUCAACAGAAUAAACAAGCAACACCUGCUGAACAAGG